CAACAGUCGUGAGUCUCGAGUAUAGUGCAUGGUGAAGCUGGGCAGAUGAUGGCCAAGCUUCUGAUGAGCGUUGCCUAGGACACGCUCAAACUUCCCUGCCAACACCAUCCAUUUAUCUCAUUAGAAGCCAUCUUGUCAUCCAAAUCAUACACAAUCAAGAUUGAAUCCUCAGCCUUUCUUCGAACACGUUUUUUUGAUGAUCAGUGCACAGCUGGACCACAAGCCUAGGACGGGAUGACCUCCGCACUUUCUCGCAGCACAGGCUCAGGCUCAGGCGCAGGAGCAGGAGCAGGACAGAGUGCGCUCGGAGGAGGUGGAGGAUCAGGAACAAACGAAAGAGCUUGGGUGAAUCCCUAUCAUGGCCAUAGAGCCUUAUCAGAGCAAGAGGCAGAGGUGCUGGGCGAGUACGCUAGGCUUGCAGAGACCAUCAAGAGGAUCACAGCUCUCUCCUAUCCACUCUCUUCAAACGCAAAACACGCAGAUCUGCUGAUGCAACUGCGAGUCUUGGAACGCAAAAUGGGACUCGUCCUCACGCUCUUCAAAGCUAGCGUGUGGGCCUUGGUGGUGGAACAGCAAGACAGGGCAGAGGAGGAGGAAAGAAGAGCUGCGUACGAGGAGCAAGAAAGAGCAACUGGCCGUACCGAUGGCCAUUAUGGCUCUGGUACGCACGGACAGGCAGAGGAUGAGACGUUGAGAUCAUGAGACCUCGCAGUCCGAAUGCUGGUCUAGGCAUACGCAUGGGCAGACUUCGUAUGGGCAGACUUCACGAACUGCACCCGGGUCGCGGAGCUCUCAUUAACGCCUUUCCAUUCAUGCAUUGUGGUGAUGAUGCGUCCAGGCUUGACGCUUCUCGUCACUUGAAAGUUUUGCGUGAUAAGCAAUCACUCAGUGUACAACAGACGAUCAGAAUAUCACGGCUCAGGUAUCGAC